AUGGACUACGCCCUUUGUGAGGUUGCCCAGCACAACAUGGAAGGCAUUACCAGGGCUGUCACCUUCUAUGACAUCAACUGUCAAUACAACAAGCACUUUCAGGUUUGGGUGGAUCGAAGCCGAUUUCUUGAAAUGGUACCGGAAUUGACCAUCAUUCCCAGCAUUGGGUUGUGGCAUGUGCAUGGACAUCAGGACAGCUGCUAUGUCCAAUAUGUGUCGAAUUUCAUUGAAGGCAUUGGCCGGAUAGAUGGAGAGAUCAUGGAGACCCUAUGGGCAUGUCUCAACCUAAUUUCCCCUGCUGCUCGGGGAAUGUCUUCCCCACAUCAACAGGAAUGUCUUGAUUUUCAAAUGAACGAUUCCAACGUCUGCAAGAUGAUCUGCAUGAAAAGGACCCUUUGCCAUAAAUACAAGCAGGCGAAAAAUGGCAUCACCAAAAGUGAAAAGGCUUUCGACAGACUCGAUGAAGCAGCACCCGCCAAUUUAAAGACCAAAUGGUUAGCCAGCGAGAGGAUCGCUCAGUCCAGCAGAAUCAAUGAUCCUGCAGCGAUGGAUGUAUACGAGAUUAAUAUCAAGAAGGCGCCGAGCAAAAAGGAGAUCGAGCUUAGACUGCUGGAGGAGGGUAAUGCCUGUAAUGCAGCACCUUCUCGGAGAUCUGUGGCAACAUGGAUAUCAAUGGGGUUGGCUAUUGAGGAGGCUCAAAUUGCAUUGCUCAUCGAGGUCUGGAGAAUUGGAAGAAGAACUAUGGAGACACAGAGAUUAGACAUCGCCCGGCAACACAAUCGUCUCCAAGGCCAGAUAGAUGGAUUUACUCAGUCUGCUCUUACGCAUCUCGGAGAAGGAUUUGAUGCAGAUGACGAUCCUGACAACUUGAACAUAGACAUUCUCGAUGAUCUCGAUGAUUUCACUGAGACAUCUGAAAAUACAUGGACAAACUCCCCUGAGCUCACUGUGAUCCCAUUGCCAUCAAACCUUGGGGUAGAUCAAUGCAGAUGCUUUAUGGCAGAGGAUCUCAUUCCGCUGGAGAUGUCGCUUCGUGAAGGGCAGGCAAAUGAUGCCCUUCACAACCUACGAAUUCACUUGUGCAACAAGGCUAUCCUGUUCCGAACAACAGUUAGGCAAGCCAAAUCUCAAGCCCUGAAAACUCGAGCUUGGUCCCAGGUGACGUCAGUGCAGCAGGCAGUGUCCCUCCAUGCCAGUAUAUAUACCAAGACCUGGAAGCAAAUAAUGAAAUGUGAGCCCAGGCAAGACCAGCUUGAGAAAUACAAACCCCUGCUGCGUGAUCAGCUAAAAAUCAUUACUGCCGUCGGAGAUCCAAAUGCCCGAGGUCAGCGAAACGAGUCCCUCGCUUAG